AGUUCAUGAAUUUUCUGAUCAUUCUCCUCAGACCCUCCAAAGACACACGUGACCCACCACCCCAUCUCUGACCGUGAGGUCACCCUGAGGUGCUGGGCCCUGGGCUUCUACCCUGUGGAGAUCACCCUGACCUGGCAGCGUGAUGGGGAGGACCAGACCCAGGACAUGGAGCUCGUGGAGACCAGGCCCGACGGGAACGGGGCCUUCCAGAAGUGGGUAGCACUGGUGGUGCCUUCUGGAGAGGAGCAGAGAUACACCUGCCACGUGCAGCAUGAGGGGCUGCCCAAGCCCAUCCCCCUGAGAUGGGGUGGAAAAGGAGGGAUCUACGUUCAGGCUGCAAACAGUGACAGUGCCCAGGGCUCUGAUGUGUCUCUCACAGCUUCUAAAGCAUGAGACAGUUAGUUGCUUUAUGGCGGAACAAGUGAUGCAAGAUUUGUUCAUGCUCCCACUUCGUCACUUGAAGAACCUCUGAUUUCUCUUUCUGCAAAGGGCAUCUGAAUGUGUCUGCAUUCCUAUCAGCGUAAUGUGAGGAGGUGGGGAGACUGGCCCACCCCCCGCCCACCAAACCCCGCCUCUCCCCACACUGACCUUCGUGUCUUCCCUGAUCCAUUCUCCUGUUCCAGCAGAGGCUGUGCCAUUCCUGUCCCUGUCUU